AUAAAUUAAAUAUUGCUUAAAAUUCCGUUAAUGGAACGGAGUAUUUAUUGUAACUUUGCCAUGAGGAAGAACAAGCGUUAUAUAUCCGAUAAUAUACGAUUCCAAUUUGCUUUGCGAAAUUAUUUGGUGUUCAAAAAUUGAGGGAGCGAAUUAAAUUUUGUAUUUACUUUAAAAAUUAUUAAAUUUUACUAAAUUCGACGUUUAACGUCGUCGUAUUCUAAGCACAGUUCCAAUAAUUCAGCCAUAAUGGAAUCGGUGCUUUUCGCUAACAUAAAAAAGUUAUAUGCUAAUGAGUUGUAUUCUUGUGUUAUACCGGCCGCUAGUUUGCUAAAUACACUUUUGCAAAAUGAGCGCAAUGUUGCUACACCCGAAAUGGAAUAUCAAGUGCUGCUCUUCAGCGGUAAUGCUCACUAUCAUGAACGGAAUUAUCGUUUGGCCAGCAAACAGUAUGAAGCCGCAUUACUAAUGCGCAAAACUAUGUUGCGCUUUAAGAAUACCCAGAUAGUUAGUAUUGAGAUAACACAUGAACAAUUUAGUGAGCUUGAGACGCGUUACCGUCUCGCUAGAUGCUAUAGGGAACUUGGUGAGGACCACAAGGCCAUAAGCACACUACACGCCUUGCCCUUGAAAACUCGCACUUCCAAAGUGAAUAUGCUAUUGGCGCAACUUUGCCAUUAUGGGCAAAAUGUUGAUAAUGUGGAAGCUGUAGCAGCUUAUAAAGAAGUAUUGGGUGAUUGUCCCAUGGCAUUGGUGGCUAUAGAAGCGUUGUUGAUGUUGGGCGUGGAUGGCAUAGAGGUUAAUUCAUUGGUGGUUAAUGCUAGUACGGUGCCCAAGCACAUUGAUUGGUUAAGCAGCUGGAUAAAGGCACACGCUCAGCUUUAUGGACGCGAUCAUUUAGAAGCAUCAAAAACAUUUCAAGCCAUUAACGACAACACAAAAUUUCACCAAAACUCCUAUUUACUCACUUUGAUCGGCAAAAGUCUUUAUUAUUAUGGGCGUUAUAUGCAAGCGCAACAAUAUUUAGAGACUGCACUUAUGGUAAAUCCACAUAAUACGGAUGCUUUAAUGCCGUUAGCUGUCGUUUAUGAAUAUAAUCAGAAAUUAUCUGAAUUAGAUAAACUUGCCGCACAAAUUGGCAAUAUAAAAGAGCUAAACUCUGAGCAUUGGUUUGUUGUCGCCGAAAGUUGUUACGCCGCAGGGCAGAUAGUGAAGGCUAUUUCUUUUGCAAAGAAAGCAAUCGAGUUGGACGAACGCAACAUCGAGGCGCAAUUACUACGUGGUCGUAUUUGCUUGCAACUAAAACAAGGUGUUGAAGCAAUCUCUUAUUUUCGCACCGCACAAUGCAUUGCCAGUUACCGCUUUGAGGUAUAUAAAGGUCUAUAUCAUUGCUAUGUAAGCAGAAAGCGACGAGACGAAGCACAGGCAAUGUGUGCAUUAGCCGUGCGUUAUUUUCGCAAUUCACCUCGCAGUUAUGUGAUGUUUGCGCGUGUUUUACUACAUUCCAAUAAUCCAUUGGCAAAGAAAAGCGCUAAGAAAUUCUUGGCCAAAGCGUUAGAAAUCGAUGAGCAUUAUGCCGUCGCUGUAGCACUUAUGGCAGAUGUGUGUCAAGCAAAUGGAGAAACGCAAGAAGCCAGCGCUAUGUUGAAAAAGCAAGUUUUAUCGUUUCCUAAUCCCUCAUAUUUCAGCAUGUUGGGUGAUUUGCGUCGCACCGCCAGAGAUUUGGACGGUGCACUUGAGUAUUAUACAAUCGCAUUGAGUCUUGAGCCUAACGAUCGUCACGCAUUAAAAGGUGUGAAAGCAUUAACACGCGGCGGUGAUAAACAAGACCAAGAUACUUCGCUUAUGAUAUCACGUCUACGUGACGAAGAAUGGCAAAUUGAUGAAGAAGCAGAAGAGUCCUCAUCACAUGAUGAAGACGAUUCAGAUACAUACUCCGAACCAUUUUGGCAAGAUUUGGAAUCUGAAGUGAUUAAUUAGUGCAUUUCGAGGUUUGUAAGAUUUUUUAUUUCAUUAUACAUUAUUUGGUAAAAAUAUGACGCUAAAAGCGUAUUUAACCCAGAAAAGAAUAGAAUAUUUAGCCCAAGUAUAGUAGAUUUUUAUCAUUCUAAUUUUUAAUCUAAUGCCGAAAAGUACGUAUUAAAUGCCGUGUUAAUUUAAGCGCUAUAAUAUUUGAAAAAUGUUCGUAUAUUUAUUUGGACAAAAAACAUAUACAAUUAUAAAUAACAUGUGUGAUUUUCAACACCUACGA